CUAAGUUGAUAACUGCAAUGACAUUUAGCCUGCAAGAUGUUUGUUUUUGUUGGAUUCUCAUUCGCGCUGGUGUUUUAAGUCAAUGUAACGCACAUUUUUCAAAUAGAGGCGAGGUAGAACGGUGAUAUCCGGCUGGUUUUGUGUUUGAUCACCAAAUCCAAGCGGGAGGAUGUUCAAGCAAGAUGAGUUGAAUAUCGUAUCCGCUGAUUCGGAUGUCGAUUUGGAUGAGGAACUUUAUCGGUUGUUAGAGGAUUACGAGUUCCAGUGGAGUACAUCAUAUCAGAUUGAGCAGUGCGUCUCCGGUUGUUUCUCUUCCGUUCAAUACACUAUUGGCAAGAUAAUUUUGCUCACUGUCUUACAGCGGCUCAUUAUAUCAACUGUUUUCCCAUCAUCCGCCAAACAUCUUUCUUGCAUAUUCCUUGGUUCAUUAGUACUGUUCGAUUGGAUUCCGCGUACGAACACUUUAAUGACAUUCUUCCCCUUUUCAUUUUGCUUUGCACUAAUACUUCUCAGCACCUCUAAAUCGAAGGGAUUUGUUGUGACAUGUGCAUGCAUAGUCUCAGUUCUGAUUAUGCAGUCCCUCAUGUCUGCAGCGGAAUUUGUUGCCAUUCGUGGUAUUAUCAUGGUGCUCACGAUGAAAUUAUCAUCGUUAGCUUUUGAUACGGCUGGAACUGCGGGAGCUGCCAAUGCAAUACCCUUUCUUGCAUAUCUUAUAAAUCCCGCUACAAUAAUUUUUGGGCCAUUCUAUUCAAUUAGAGAUUUUGAGGAUACUUUGCAGUGUAAAUCGGUAAAGGAAGAAGUUGUGAAUAUCCUUUGGGGAAUCGCAGUCCUGUUCCUCGCGUUCUUGAUGCUGAUUUAUUCUUCAUGUUCACCCAUAGUAUUUGAUGGAGUUGCAGUGUUCGGAGAUUACUUCACUGCUCAGUCGUUCAGAACAAGUCACUACUUUGUGUGCUUUCUUUCUCAGGGACUCAUCACCAUAUCGGGUUUACGGAUAUCGACUUGCUCUCCAUUAUCAGUAGAAUUGCCACGCUCGCUGGUCGAAGUGGUUGUGGGCUGGAACAUAUCUAUGCAUCGAUAUCUUCGUUCCUAUGUCUAUUUGAAAUUCGCCUUUCUGGGUGCGGCGGCCUCUAUAUUUAUCUCAUUCGCCAUAAGCUCCCUAAUGCAUGGACUCAACUUCCAGAUCUCGGCUGUACUUUUGUCGCUAGGUUUCGUUUGCUAUUUUGAAAAUAAAUUACGUAAUCGAAUAUCGAAGCGUUUCUCUAUGUGUGUACGUGCUCGACCAUGCAAGAAUUGUGAGCAUCAAAGAGGAUGGGCAUGCUGGCAGACAAUCUUAAUAAAUCUUUUGUUUUUCGUACAUUCUGUCUAUCAACUCAUCUAUCUUGGCGCUCCAUUCGAUGGAGAAGGGGCCAGUGAAGGCUACACUUACCAUCAUACGCUCUCUGUAUGGAAACGUCAUCACUAUGCUGCACAUUGGAUUAGUUUCGGCGUAGCUCUAGCAAGCAUUUGUAUCUGACGUUGCCAUUUAUAGUUAUUCUCAAAUUGUCUCAUUUAUGUUAUAGAUUACUGUCUGUGUUUUGCAUAUAUUUUCAGCUGCGGGUCGAAUGUAC